AUGCCACAGAUCACACAGGUGACGUUCACCAUCGUUGCGACGGCCUUGGCACUCUAUAUUACAUACGAACUAUGGAAGCGCGCGCAAAGUUGCGGCGCCGAACCAGCAGAGCAAGAGGACGCAGAUGCUCCACAGGAGUCACACACCUCUGAAAUAGAGCCCCAAAAGGCUGAAAGUGACCUACAGGGGGACAUCUCACGUGUCUAUAUUUACUAUGGCAGCCAGACAGGGACGGCUGAGCGCUUUGCCAGAGCUCUAGCACUGCAAUUGGCGGCGUGGAAUGAAGCCUUCCAAUCCAAUGCAAUCAAUUUGGAGGAUUGGGAAGAAGAAAAAAUAUCGCAACCUGGAGCCACCGCCAUCUUCACCGUGGCUACGCAUGACGACGGACUCUUCCCCGAUAACGCCAUUGACUUCGUAAAAUGGCUGGGCAAGCGUGGUAAGGAGGGGAGCACCCUGCGUGGACUUCGAUUUUGCAUUUUCGGCCUGGGGAGCUCAGAGUAUCCGCUCUUCAACCAUGCCGCAAAAACGCUGCAAAAGCUACUUCAGAAGGCAGGGGCACAUGAACUCCUCAGCAUCACAUUAGGAGAUGAUGCCGGUGACCUAAAGGGGGAUUUCAACCAAUGGAGCGUCAAGCUGUGUGAAGUGCUUGCCAAUGAAUUUAGAAUACCCCCGCCACAAUUAAGCACUCAGUCACGCGGGAAGCAUCUAAAGGUAACGGACUCAUGGAGAGACAAAGUACCAUUGGAGCUAAGAUAUGUCAGCAGCAGUCCGGAGGACCGUGAACGCCAUCCAAAUAUCGCAAACGUUGUAUGCAAGCAACAAUGGCAAUGCACGGACCAUGUAGUCCUGGACAAUUUCAACAUGACACCGAAUGGUGACUCGCAAACAAACUGUUUGCGUAUUAAACCGGAUUCCGCAUUUAGUCCUGCGGAAACCGUCAACAUUCUCUAUUCCAACCCUCCCCACGUUGUGAAGUAUUUCAUGGGAAAACUACGGCUAAAGGAUGCAGAUUUGGAUAGGGUUAUUACCUUCGUUCCUCGAUAUGGGUCAACCGAAACUCAGAUGGACUUUGAACCCCCUUUUCCUGUACCCUGCACAAUCCGAGAUGCUCUAUUCUACUAUCUGGACCUGACGGGGUUACCAGACGAGGAUAUACUCGAAGAAAUGGGCACUUUUCUCCAAACAGCCCAGGCGUGUCUGUUGUUCAAUAAAAUGCUGAAUAACAAAUCGCUCAUCAAAAGGAUGAGAGAGGAAUUACACGUAACGCUGCCUGAGUUUGUAGAAAUCUUUAUGGAAGACGCGUUAUUCAACAUGGGAGGGUUUCUGCAAAUAGUGAAGAAAAAAGUACCCAAGGCUUAUACCAUAUCGUCGCACCCUGAUGUUCAGACGGACAGUAUUGACUGCACUGUAAAGCUUGUCACCUUCCCCAUCCACUCUUUCAAAAGCUUCAGAUCAUCUCUCAAGAAAACGUUAGGAUACAAAGUGUCACCUGGAAUCGGGAAUUUUUUCGUUAAACAACGUAACUACGAAGGAGCGUGCACGCGCUAUCUGUGCUCGCUAAAACAAGGAGACACCGUGAAACUGUUCAGGCGACCCUCCGCUUUCAGCAGUGUCGAGGGAUUAGGCUCAAGGCACCUUGUCAUGAUCGCCAAUGGGGCUGGAAUCGCACCUUUCAGGGCAUUCUGGCAGGACGAGGCGAGAGAUAAGAAGCGCAUAUUGUUUUUAGGUUUCAGAACGGAAGCACACAUCUUAUACGCAGACGAAGUGGAGCAGCUAAAAACCAUGCCGAACUACACGGUGCAUAUUGCCUUGUCGAGGUCGAAGACUCCCAUGUACGUACAACACAUCCUAAGAAAGAAUAUGGAACAAGUCGGCGAAAUUCUAAAAGCUGAUGGGGUCGUAUGCGUCUGUGGGAGUAAACCGAUGGGAGCCCAGGUCAAGGCCAUAAUACAACACUUCACCAAGACCGACAUCGCCGAACUUAAAGCUAACGGAAGAUUUAUUGAAGAACUGUGGUAA